CCGUUUUCAAUACACGGAUGUGUCCCUGGCAACGGUUUCGCUGAUUCUCGUUGCUCUUCCUCGAGCCUCGCCCGGCGCGAGCCGCUGCCCCUCUCUCGAUCACUGCCUCGGAAGUCCGUCGCUUUCGCGCUUGAAAGACACGAUUGGCAGUGCUAUACUCGCUGCCUCUACACUCGCUUUACUGUUUCAACUUUUCUGUCGAGAAAAUGUUGGAAGACAAGUAUAUCGGUCUGGCACUGGCCAUGACCUCAAGUUUAGCCAUUGGUACUAGCUUUGUGAUAACCAAGAAAGGGUUAAUGCAAGCAGAGGAAAGACAUGGCUUUGAGGGGGACGGCUUCGUCUAUCUGCGGAGUCCUAUGUGGUGGGCGGGCAUCAUCUGCUUGGUGCUGGGAGAGAUAUUCAACUUCGCAGCAUACGCCUUCGCACCAGCCAUUCUCGUCACCCCUCUGGGUGCUCUUUCAGUGCUGAUAGGAGCCGUGCUUGGCUCUUAUUUCCUCAAAGAAGAGCUGGGGACGCUCGGCAAAUUGGGAAGCGCAAUCUGCUUGAUUGGCGCCGUGAUUAUCGUCUUACACGCGCCGCCUGACGAGGAUAUUGAGAGGAUCGAUCAGAUGCUCAACUAUGCGCUCCAGCCAGGGUUCUUAUUUUACUCGUUCGCUGUCUGCAUCUUUGCUGGCGUUAUGAUUUACAAGGUCGCCCCGGUCUACGGCAAGAGGAAUCCCCUCAUCUACCUGAGCAUCUGCUCGACCGUUGGCUCAAUUUCGGUCAUGGCUGUGAAGGCCUUUGGCAUCGCGCUGAAGCUAACACUUGGGGGCCACAACCAAUUCGUGUACCCCUCGACUUAUGUCUUCAUGAUCAUCACAACGGUCUGCAUCCUGACCCAGAUGAAUUACUUCAACAAGGCUCUGAGCCAGUUCCCCACGAACAUCGUGAAUCCGCUCUACUACGUCACGUUCACCACAGCAACGCUCUGCGCCUCCUUUAUUCUCUUCAAGGGAUUCAACACGACCGAAGCCGUCAACACACUCUCGCUGAUAUGUGGUUUCCUGGUCACCUUUACGGGAGUCUACCUGCUCAACCUCAGCCGCACCGACCCUAACGGCACCAAAUCGUUAGCUCGGCGCAAUGCUGGCGACAUCACGGGCACUGACAUGGUUUCAAGCAUCCAGACACGGAUGAGCAUGGAGGCCCGAAGGUCGCAGGUGGACCGCAUGAGCAUCGGCAGCAAUCGUGCCGGUGACCGCGAAGGGCUGAUACGCGCAUACGACGAGGAGGAAGCCGCCGGCUUUGGGUUGAACGACCUUGCCGAGGACACCGACGAAGAAGACGACCCGCGAUCGCCCAUGAUUCCGAGUGGUUUCCCGCGCUCCAACGGCCACCCACCAAACGGGAGCCAUCUCAGCGUCAAGAACGCGAACGAGUCAAUAGAGCUACAAAAUCGGAGGUCCGGCGAGAGGUGAUCGCUCCGCUUCAUCACUAUUUGAAUCGUCAGCGUCAGAGCCGGGUUUCGCAUCUGUUUAUUCCCUCGUCUCACGAAAGCCACCGCACGU